AUGUCGCCUCCCAGCUCCUCUAGAGAAGUUCCAGCACCAUCCUCUAAAUCAAAGCGACCUCCACCACCUUUCUCUCUUCCCAUUAACACCGUAUUUUACCUCUGUCUUCUCUCGAACACUCUGGCCGCAGCUCUAUCCCCCAUACAGGACUGUGAUGAAGUCUAUAAUUACUGGGAACCGACACACUACAUGACCCAUGGAUAUGGGCUACAGACCUGGGAAUAUUCUCCGGAGUAUUCCAUUAGAAGCUGGUUAUAUAUCACGCUGCAUUCAAGCAUUGCUAAGAUACUAGGUCUCUUUGCAAGGACAAAAUCGGCACAGUUCUAUAUGGUGCGGUUAACACUUGGACUUUUUUGCACAAUAUGUGAAACACGACUAUUCGCUGCGAUAUCCUGUUCGCUAAAUCCAAGAAUUGGACUCUUCUUUCUUGUAAUUAUGGUAUUCAGCCCUGGCAUGUUCCAUGCUUCUACUGCAGUACUUCCAUCCAGCUUUUCCAUGUACAUGUCCAUGCUUGGCUUGGCUGCUUUUCUCGAUUGGCAAGGUGGGCUGAAGACCGUCCAAGGAAUUGUAUGCUUUGGUAUUGGCGCUGUGGUUGGUUGGCCAUUUGCAGGUGCUUUGGCUAUACCGUUUCUGCUGGAAGAGGCUACGGUAGCAUGGUCCCUAGGGGAUAUUGUACCAACAUUCAAGCGAACCUUUGAAGGUGUUAUGAAAUGCUUGCUGAUCCUGUCGGCUGUGGUCUUGGUAGACAGUAUUUUUUACCGUCGACUCAGUCUUGUUCCAUGGAACAUUGUGGCCUAUAAUGUCUUUGGAGGCUCGGGCAAAGGCCCCAACAUCUUUGGAACCGAGCCAUGGACAUUCUAUUUCAAAAAUUUGUUGCUUAACUUCAACAUGUGGGCCGUUCUCGCACUCUCUAGUGCUCCCCUGCUCGUCCUCCAGGCCCUGUUCCGCCCUCACAAGACUUCCCCUCAAACUCUUUUCAGAUCAAUCACUCUCGUACUGCCAUUCUACAUGUGGCUCACAAUUUUUACCAUACAACCUCAUAAAGAAGAGCGGUUUAUGUACCCAGCAUAUCCCUUCCUUGGCCUUAGCGCUGCCGUCAGCCUCCAUAUCAUUCUAGCAUACAUCGGAACGUCCGACCCAAAGACACUAGUCGGCAGUAUACCCGCAAAGGCGAAGCUGAUAUUCACCGUCACCCCAGUGUUGCUAGCCGUAAACGUCGGCCUCUUGAGGAUUACUGGCGUUGUGACGGCGUACAACGCACCCCUUCAAAUCUUUGAUUCACUACAACAAACAAACGGUAUGCAGCCCGAAGGUUUCGUAUGUUAUGGCAAGGAGUGGUAUCGGUUUCCGUCUUCAUUCUUCCUACCGAAUAACAACCUUCGAGCAAAAUUCGUCAAGAGCGAAUUCCAAGGAUUAUUACCGGGGGAAUUUGCCGAGUCUGGCGCCGGGCUUGGAUAUCUACCGGGAACAUGGGUGAUCCCCAAGGGUAUGAAUGACCGGAACCAGGAAGACCCAGGAAAAUAUACCGACAUUUCUCAAUGUACCUAUCUCGUUGACUCAUAUUUCCCAGGUGACAAGGAGACCAAGCUCGAACCACAUUAUAUCCUCGAUACAGAAACAUGGGAGCAACUCUCGUGUAAGCCAUUCCUAGAUAGCCGUCGUACUGGCAUCUUAGGGAGAAUGAUUUGGAUUCCAAACCUACCCUUUAUCCCGAAGAAAUACCAGCGCGUCUGGGGGGAAUACUGUCUCCUGAAGCGGAGAGCCACCUGA